AGUCGCCAUCCGCCUCCUUUGUAACCGUAUCCUCAUGUUACCCGAUUCGUGCUGGGGCACUGUUGAUGUCGAUCGCUAUGGCGGUUUCUUCAUCAACGCCUCCCAGGCGAUCUGACACGACCGAGGUUCGAACUCGAGUGCGAAGCAACUUGACGAGCCUGUUAGCCAUUACCAUCUUGUGGCUUGUGCGUCCAGGCCUCGAGAACGCUCUACACGUGGCGGCGGCGGCGGCGGCGGCGGGAGGAACAGCCGCGAGAAGACUUCAGGUCGAGUCAUCGUCCGGAGCCGCUCCAACCACAGCCGUUGAGUGCACGAGCCCACCGUCGCGUAGUGGAGACGAGGAAGGAGGGCAAACGGCGGGGAGUCUGAAGCUGGUUAAUGACUCGUCAAGCCCGUUGUUCAAGACGAAUGUGAUGGUGGUAAAUUACUCAUCUCCAUCUCCACCAGAUUAUCAUUCUCUUGACCUUGCAGGGUGCGAGACCAGGGUUCGUAACAUGGUCUUUGUACCCGAUGUCACGGUCUUCUACUUCAGUCUGGAGAUCGUCUGCGGGGACUCGUACCGCGACAGCCUCGUGGCUAGAGCAGAUCUCCUGCCAUUCAAGAGUGGAGAGAAGACACUGGCAGACACUGUCACUAUUGCGAGGUUCUCGCCAAUGACGAGUACUCCCACGGAGGCGACGACAUCCCCAUCCUCAUCCUCGACGUCGGCUCCCAUUUCUUCGGUACCUGCAUCCUCACUGCCAUCCGCCUUGGUAUCAGUCUCGUUACCGCCGUCGAAACCGGAGAAGACAUCCUCAUCCUCAUCCUCAUCCUCCACAUCUGCUCCUGCCCCUUUGGCACACGCCUCGGGACAGAACUCCAGAACGGAACGGCCGCCAGCGUCGUUACCUCAUCGUCGAGCUAGAGAACUCCUUCCGUACCCGGGGUCAGUCGUUCCUGCCGUGACCGAGCAAGCAGAAGCAGCGGCAUCGGCAGCAGGGGAAGCAGAGCGCUCCAGCGCACGAGAAGAAGAGAAGUGAGACGCAGAAGAAUCAGGGGUCGCGGCAGCAGCGCCGCUGAUUGGGAUGAAACACUGGUACCGUGAAUCGGAGUCGUCGUCCGACGCGGAACUGGAAUUGC